CGAUAAGAUUUCAAAGCCGUUACAAGAAAUGUCGAUCUCGGAUACCGACUUUACUGAAAUGUUGGCUGUGGCUGCGGCGGAAGAAUUUCACGAAAUGGCUUGUGAAGGGUUGAACGAGACUCGGUCCCCCAGUCCGAAGACUGACUCUUCAAAUCACACAUCUCCUAGUAAGGUGCAAAGUUCGAGCGCUUCAGAGCUGUCUGAUACUACUGCCCAGCCAACGAUGACAGUAAUGUGGAAAAGAAAGCUCGAAGCGCAUAUAAACACUGAAACAGCUCAAGGAAAUGCUAAGAGGCAAUGCAAUAUCGCAACAAUCUUCACAUCGAACAAGACCUACCAGAGUCCAUACCCGCCAAUUCAGAACACCCAGUCUCUUCCACUGAAUGAAUUCACAUCCCAAGGCAAUCGACAAGAUAAUUCGAGCACGCCACAAAGCUAUCAAACUUUUGGUCCGGUUGCUCAGCCCUCGCCUCCUGUUCAAACUCAAGUCCCUGCUGUGAACCCAAUAGGGGUCGUGGGGGGUGUGGUUUUGCCUGUAACAGAAAUUGGGCAUCACAUGUUCCAGGGCGAUGUUACAAUCAAGGAUGGACCAGUCACCCAUAAUUUCAAGGACCAGAACAUCAUGCAACUGCCCCAGCCCACAAUACACCAGGAGGAUCAUUGGAAUAACUCUCAGCAACCUGUGAAUAGUCAGACCAAUGUUCCAAAUACAUCUGGAAGUGAUGACUUUUCCAAAGUGUUUCAGUAUCUGGACUAUGACACUUAUCACCCUGCCCCGGAUACCUCUGAAAGUAUCGACUCAACCAGUGUAUUUCAGGAUUUGAACCAUGAAACUCAUCACCCUGCGUUGAACACCUUUCCUUCGAAUGUUGACGGAAGUUCUAGCCAUGUUGGACCCUCAUACAGUGGAUCUGCCAACGUUCGGACUCAAUUUCAAGAUAUGACCGAACAGUUCCCAGAUAGCCUUCUGGAACAACCUCUAUCUUCACAGCCAAUGAGCUCGACCAGGGACUUCAACAAUUACCAGCAGGGGUUCAACGACGCUUUAGAAGUGGUAAGAAAGGCCCACUGUGUGGCACCUGGUCCUGGUGGCCGGAUCGGUAACUCCUAUGAAACGAGUUCUACUGAUGAUAGUCAAAAAGUCUUUCCAGCACGAUCCCGCGGGGAAAUGCCUCGGAUUCCGCACAAUAUCUUUUCUGCUCAUCCUGUCAAGACUGCAGCAGGCUUUUUGAUUAAGACAGCUCCACAAAAUCAUACAGAGCCACACAUUCCUGGGAGCGAACUGACUCCAGUUUUCAACGAGCCCGUUCGCUUCAGAACAGCGCCAAACUAUAGUGGUAAGCACAACAUGAGCGACAUGCCAUUCCACAUAUGGCAGCAAGGUAAAGAUAUCAUUCAGUUCACAUACCAGAGUUGCACUAUUCAAGGCCGUGCCGCUCCUAGCUUGACACGUCUUUUCGAUCCAGAAGAAUUUCGAUGGCUAGGAAAACAAGCUGAAGAGGGCAAGCAAAGACACUCUCGAAAAUUGCAUCCCGUCUCCAUGGAAAAUCUGACAUACCAGUUCCGUGAAAGAUACUGCUGGGAUUUCGAAGCGGAUCUCAAAUAUAGACUCAAUGAUGUCCUUCUUAAGAUACAGAAGACACCUACCUAUUACCGAGUUACUCGUAACCAAAAUUUGCAGCCAUGGGUCGUUGGAAAGCACUGGCGGACAGUCUAUCUCCAAACUUGCUCGAAACCUUUUAAUGGAACCCCCUUCCACAAUUUGUAUUUUCUAGACUGGAGUAAGAAAUGGAUGUUCUCGGUUGCAAAUGCAAGGGGAUGCGAUCGAGAAAGGGCAUUGAAAGAGUACGACGCACAGAGGAGAAUGGCGACCGUCGGGUAUUAUGCCUGAUAUUUCGAAGUGAUCCAUGUUGGUCAUGGGGCUAAUACGUUGCUGUUCUCUGAUGGGAAUUGUUCUUGAUGUGAAAAGGGUUCAAGUUUGAUGACUAGAGCAGCAUGACGAGUAUGGGAUUAACUAUGGGUGUGGAAAGAAAGAAUGGGAAAUACAUGGGAGCCAUGACCCGUGUAUACUUUAGCACUGUUAAUAGAUUACUUUGACAAAAUGUCGUGACGGCUGCC